UGUUUCUUCCAUUAAUCUUUGUCAUCAAGAUACUUGUACAGGAAGAGAAUGCCGGAAGCAGCUGUGAUUAUUGUAGGAGCCGGCCCAUCUGGGUUAGCCAUGGCGGGGUGCCUAUGCCAACUAUCGAUACCGUAUCUUAUCCUCGAAAGGGAAGACUGCUGUGCGUCUUUGUGGAAGAAAAAAGCGUACGACAGGCUUCAUCUUCACUUGGCGAAGCAGUAUUGCACGCUCCCGCACAUGGAGAUGCCGGCAGAUUGGCCCAAGUAUCCGUCCAGGCAGCAGUUCGUUCAGUACUUGGACGACUAUGCCGACCACUUCAACAUUCGUCCUAUGUACCGGAGAUUGGUGGAGUCCGGGAGCUUUGAUGAAUCCAGGGGAAAAUGGAAUGUUGUGGUGAGAAAUGGAGAAUCCGGUGAGCUUGAGGAGUACUCCGGGCGGUUCUUGGUGGUGGCCAGCGGCGAAACGAGCGAUGCUUUUGUACCGGACAUUGAUGGGCUCAGUACUUUCAUCGGAAAGGUUAUUCACUCGACCCAAUACAAAAAUGGAAAAGAGUUUGCCGACAUGAAGGUUCUGGUUGUUGGGUCCGGGAAUUCUGGCAUGGAGAUUGCACUGGAUCUAUCAAAUUGUGGUGCCAAGACCUCGAUUGUUGUUCGAAGCCCGCUUCAUAUGCUCUCAAGGGAAAUGGUAAACCUGGGGCUGGCGUUGUUGAAAUAUAUCCCUUACAACAUGGUGGACUCAUUGAUGGUGAUUCUCAGCAAGCUCGUCUAUGGAGAUCUCAACAAGUAUGGCAUAACCAGGCCUGAAGGGGGUCCCUUCUUUUUGAAAGUCAAGUAUGGAAAGUACCCUGUUGUCAACACCGGCACCCUCGACAAGAUCAAGUCCGGCGAGAUUCAGGUUUUGCCGAAGCUGAUAGGCAUCAGAGGUGAUGAGGUUGUAUUUGAGGGUGGCAAAUCACAUCCAUUUGAUGCUAUUGUCUUUGCUACUGGAUUUAAGAGAUCCACAAGCAAAUGGCUUAAGGGAGAUGAUUAUCUUUUGAACGAGGAUGGACUUCCAAAGCCAAGUUUUCCGAAUCACUGGAAGGGAAAGAAUGGUUUGUACUGUGCUGGACUGGCAAGAAAAGGCCUGUAUGGAUCUGCCCUGGAUGCCCAGAACAUAGCUAAUGAUAUCAAGACACAGCUGUGAUGCUUCGAAAGUGUAUUCACUUCUGAAUAAAACUCUCCCUUUUUUGGAGAAUAAUUUAUUUGGUCGGAAGUUGUUUCACUUCUUCUAUAAUUCAUUCAUAUAGCUUUUCGUCA